AUGGCUGAAGCGUUGACCACGGAGUCUCUCAAGGCGAUCAUUCUGUCUCGACUCGACGCCACUCAUGUCGAGGUGACCGACAUGUCCGGUGGCUGCGGCCAAGCCUUCACCACCGUCAUCGUGUCUCCCCAGUUCCAGGGGCUCAACUCGCUCAAGCGCCAUCGCCUCGUGAACGGUGCCUUGAAACAGGAAAUCGCGGCGAUACACGCCUGGACGGCCAAGUGCAAGACACCGGACGAGUGGCAGCGCGACCAGGGCGAGGCGAAUCGACCAGACUUGGAGGGGACCGUCGGCGGCAAAGUAGAGGGCACAACGCAAUAA